AUGACAUUAAUCAUACCAGCCGAGGACGUACCAGGCAACUACAGGGAACAAGAAAGUGCGAGGAAGAAGAAGAUGCUAUUUCACGAGGAAGCAUUCUGCCCUCUGUCUCAGCAUUCAACCCUGGAGGACAAUUAUAUCAAUGACUACAGAGAAGCUGGUCGUGACAUGUGCGACUUUCGCGCCGUGGACCGAUGUGGCCGUAGACUAGAAGAACAAGGAGUUCCAUCUCGUUAUGUUGCACCAAUUCACAGCAUAGCUCCCAUCACUGUACGCCUCGCUGCACGCACCGUCCCAUCUACUUCACCGCAUCGAGUGAUGCAGGCAUCUGCGCUACCACAAGCUGAGAAUGACGUUGAACCACGAGGAAUGCAGCAAGAGGUCAACACCCACUUCGAAGGUUCGUCAGCCAAAGACGACCUCACGGAAGCUCCUUGCGGUUCAGGAAAGAUAACAGCACACGCAAGCGCCACGUCCGUUGGGGAGCCUUCGGAAGGUGAACAGGAACAGCUAGAACCAUUUGUGCCCGUCGAACAAGCCGGAGUAGCGGGACUAGAGGUUCCGAGUUACGCAUUUGAAGCGGCACAGAGCAACGACGAAGACCUGACCUUCCUACAUAGUUUUAAAAACGAUGACAGCACGACGGAACUUAGCGCUGGAGCAGGGCGCCGUUGGAGCGCAGUGUGGAGAACAAAGAGCACAGAAUACACAGAACCCGCCAAGCCACUGAGGGAACGUAUCGUCAAGACAGCACCCUUCUUAUUGCUGUCCGGUAUAUUCGCCAUGUUCCUCAUCGCUACAACGAUAGUUGCUACAGGUCCCUUGCGCAAGAAAGUCUGGUCGUGGCUCGCUGCCCUCAAGUAAACGAGUUCUUCAGAGAAACAGAUGACAUAGCGAUAGUACCCAGUAUAGGUGUACCUUGCAUAGUCCUUCAUGCAGACGGUACACAUAAUACAUGUCUCGACGAAUUGUGUAAAAUAAAUCUUCA